ACGCUGACGGCUUGCAUGUGCACAAGUACAUUUGUAAUGGCUCUGUUUACGCAUAUAAUCUAAUCUAGGGCUACAGUUAUCAGCUAGUUAUCAUACCUGUGGAGUUUAUUGAUUGAUUGAUAUUUGACGUUUAGGUGACAUUAUGCUUGUACUUAAAACCGUUUGGAUCGGGUGGAAGGCCUAUUGACAACGGCUCGAGACUUGCACGAUAGUCACCACAGUUUAUCUCGGGCAAGGCAUAUAACAUGGUGCAUUUGGCGCCUGAUUUGGUGGAACAGGAGGAGCAGAGUUCACUGCUAGCCGAACCUAGCGCCGGCAUAGGUAGCCAAGCAGGUUCCGAUGACGACGAACCGGCAAAGCACAAACUGCAUGUAACAAAAAGCAGCCAGAGGCGACGACAACGUAAACGCUUCCUACUGCCCAGAAGCUUGAGGCGAUAUGGCACCUACAUACUGUUUUCCAUUGUGUUUAUUCUACUGAUGUACACUUACCUGCCCAACAUGAAUGCCCAAAAGCGACAUGUGUCUUUGUCGGACUGGUCGUCCAAUACGUCGCUCGACAUCAAGGACUACAUACAGGUCCAGCAGGAUACGGCACUGAUAAUGCCCCGUGACUUUUGUCGCAACAAAACGUUUCUGAUAAUUGCCGUCUGCACAGGUUUGAAUAAUUUUGUGGAACGACAGACAAUACGCGAGACGUGGGGCAAUACUUCGGAAUUCAAUUAUGCUGUUUUUGCCCGCUUGCAUAGCCAUUUGAAGGGUCAUUACCUACCGCCAACACCCACCCGCUUGCAGCUCUAUGGCGACUACCUAAGCGGCGCGGGUGACACAUUAAUGGUCAGCGUUCGCAUUGUGUUCAUUGUGGGCCGCAGCAGCUAUGAAGAACAUCUGGGCAACGAAACGCAGCUGCGUCUGCACAACGAAGCUGAACUGUACAAUGAUAUUAUUCAAGAGAAUUUCAUUGACUCGUACAAUAAUUUGACGCUCAAAUCCGUUAUGGCCCUGAAGCAUAUAAGUAGAAGUUGUGCCAAAACAUGUGCCUACUUUCUGAAAUGCGACGACGAUACGUUUGUCAAUGUACCAAACCUGUUGCACUUCCUGCUUGGCGGCACUGUGCCCCUGUAUAACGACACACUCGACUAUCACGAUCGUAGUUCGGUUCUGGUCAUGUCGCAGAAGAAUCGUCUCAAUGCCACCAGCGGCGUUAUGCGCGGCCAUCAGUUCUGUAAUGUGGUGCCUGUGAGUGAUGUGACCAGUAAAUGGUAUAUGCCCUUUUACAUGUUCCAAGGUGAGGCAUAUCCAAAAUAUCUGUCCGGUGCAGGCUACAUAAUGUCCAUCGAUGUUGUGGAGCGACUCUUUGAGGCGGCAUUGAAUACAACGCUUGUUUAUCUUGAGGAUGUCUACAUCACAGGAAUCUGUGCCAACCAUGCCAACAUCAAGCUGCAACAUUCUGCGCUGUUUAGUUUCUCCCGAUCCCGACAUUUGUGUGCCUUUAAGGGCAGCAUAAUACAGCAUCAGGUGAAGGAGGAGAACAUGUCGGAGGCGUGGCGUUACGUAUCGAAUUACAGCAUUCAGUGCCCACCACCGGGAAAAUACUUUCAUCAUAUGCGAUUGCGAAAAAUUAAUUAUUGUUAGAAAAAGUGCUGUGAGUCUGCUGUAAGUAUCUUGAAAAUUGGCUUCCGUGGUGGCCUAGAAUUUAAACUAGUUCUAUACAUAGUAGCAAUUACAAAAUUCGAAAUUUAUCUUCAUCCAAAGACUUGUUCCUGAGUUUACUCAAAUUAUAUUUUUCAAGUGCUGACAUUUUACGAAAUUUGCCUUUGUUUCAUGGACAGUAUUUUAUCGAAGUGAAAGAAAUUAUAAUAUAAAUCAGAUGUAGAUAUUUUUACUCACCUUUUUAGGUGUGCCGUUUAAAUUGUAUGUUUUAUCAAAUAUUCAAUUUUGUUCAUAUUGUUG